GUAGGAUCGGAAAAUAUUGUAUGUAAAGACAUCAGUAUGCGGGGGGAACUUGCCUCGGAAGGUGCUUCUCGAAAGGGAAUAUUAUCUGUAUAAAAUCUCAGCAGUGAUUGAAUAUCUCGAAGAGAAAAACAUCCAUUGUCUGCAAAAUUAGAAUCGAGAACUGUCUAAGACAUGGCAGUCAACCUUCUUCAAUAUCUUCGCUCCAAUAGCCAGGUUGACUUUGACAGUCAGGAUGUUGAACUCUCGCAAUCGCUGGGCCCAUUUGUUGAUUGCACCUCAAAUCAAAUUGAUGGGUAUUAUGAAGCCACCCUUCCCCGCCGAGCGGAAUUGGUGAAGCAGUCGGCUAUUUUGGCUGAAGAGUUCACCUUGGAGUUUCCUGGAGUCACCUAUGAGGAAGUUGCCGUUGAGGUUGCCUUGACAAGUAUUGCCUUAACCUUAGCUCCACACAUCACAGGUUCUAUUUUCGUGAUGGCUAAUCCCGUCUUUGCGUACUCAACGGAGAAGGUUUAUGAAAAUGCAAAGCGCAUAUACGCCAUUACCCGAAAACUGCAGCCUUCGUUUGACCUGGCUAGACUCUGCAUCAAGGUCCCUGCAACUUGGGAGGGUCUCCAAGCAUGUCGACAGUUGAAAGAUAUUAACAUCAAAACACUGGCAACGACCGUGUUUACUUUGGAGCAAACAAUCCUUGCCGCAGAAGCUGGAUGCAUUUACGUUUCCCCUUUCGGACAUGAGCUGCGAGCUCUUCUUGAUGAAAAAUACACGGACGAUGGCCCAUAUCUCAAUGUGCCGCUAGAGGCCCAGAAAUACUAUCAGACAUAUUCGUAUUCAACAAGAGUCAAAGCGGCUGGGCUGAACAGUGUGGAAGAAGUCCUUCGUCUCUCAGGAGUAGAGGCAAUCACAAUCCCUGCAGAUGUGUUGAAAACACUCGCGACGACGGAGGCAGACGAGGAAAGUUUGAAGAAGAAAUCAAUCUUCAAUACUACAGAAUAUCAAACCCUUCACCUGGAAAAGGUAUCAUUCAUUGAUGACGAAGAUAAGUACAGAAAGGCGUUUGGGGAGCGAGAUAAUGGAAAAGGUCAGGAGCGAACAACUCAGGCGAUUGAGAUUUUCAGUGAAUAUGAACUCAAGGCUGAGGAGGUUAUGAAAAAUGUUCGAUCUGGACAGUAGGCGCAUAACAAUUACAGCGUCAGAGGAAUUGGAUAGCUUGUGGACUUGUAGUUUCAUACACUGGUCGUCCUGUUGCUGCAGUACAUUUUGGCAUUAUGUCGAUCAAAAGUAGCCUGAUGUUGUCUGUUUGUAAUAAAUUCAACUUGGCUUUACUACUUGUCAGGUACUUACAUCAUGAGGAUGAUGAGCCAGCUGUGCUAACAACCUCGAAACCUACAAUUUGGUCUUAGAGGAGUGAAAAUAUCUCCUAGGUUAGAAGACCUUCAUUUCCCA